AUGGCCGGCCAGUGGCCCGCUUCGCCCGCUCCAUGUGCACUGGGCCGGGAGGCAGUGUACGGAGCUGACGUGGAGGUUGAUCUGGCCAAGGAUCGAGGACCGGAUCGCAGCUCCGCUGCCCAGGAAGUUGUCCUCCCUGAUCACCUUGAAUGCGUGGCUGCAGUCAUCUCCGGGAUGAAUCCCACAUGCCCUGAGAUCCUGAGGGCUGCACCAGUAGGGAAAGUGCUGGGUAGGCUCGGCAGACCUUUCCGCAGCAAGACGGGGGACUUCUACGGCAUGAGCGGACAGACCUCUAGGAUUCACACGUUUUGGUCGCAUAGCUGGCAUUCAUCCGUGUGGAUGAAGAUCGCAACUCUUCUCUUUUUCAAGAAUGGUACAGCAGCAGCUGUAAUCAGCUUAGCUUCGGUUGCAUGUGUGGUCCCUCUCUACGUCUUGCACGUUCUCCCAGAAUUCACCGAGCAGUGUGGAUGGUGCAGCCUUGUCGGGUCAGCGAGUUAUGUCCUCACCUUGAUCUUUUGGCGACGAUCGGAGCUGGUCUUCGUUGACCGCUGUUGCAUCCACCAGACCAAUCCACAACUAAAGGCCGAAGGGCUGGUUAGCCUUGGGGCUAUCAUCAAGAGCUCCGAUUCUUUGCUUGUGCUAUGGGACCCGACUUACGCACAGCGUUUGUGGUGCAUGCUUGAGCUGGCCGCAUUUCUGCACAGCCACCCAGAGAAAAGCCUGCGCCAAAUUGUGGUCCAGCCCACGAUCACGGGUAAAUUCCGCGCGUACUACCGAGACGUGGACAUGCUGGAGGCCCAGUUCGGCAGUUUCGACGUCGCCUUUCAUCACCAAGUGCAGUCAGAGGUGAAGGAGGCUUUAGUCGAGCAGCUCACCACUCAGGUCCUUUCCUAUUGGCACAUGGUGCAGGUCGCAGUUCCUGUCUUCUUCUAUUGGGCGGAUGUCUUUACGGCCAACCUGGAGCGGAAAUUGACAAGCGGGGAAGUCAGCAAGAUUCCAUAUGAUCUGCUACUCCUCGGCCUCACGUAUUGGCUUGCCAUGAAUCCUACCGUAGCCUUAGUACUGCAGCGCUUGGGCUAUGUGUUCCGAAGGCAGCGCAGUUGGACGUCGUUGGACGUGCUGCAGUCCUCGCUCCUCGUAGCGUGUGGGACGCUUGUGCUGGUGGGGUACCCGUACAUGGAGAUCGCUUUUGAUCAAAGUCUCCGUGAGUGGCUACCUGAUCCCCUAAUGAGGAGGACACCAUUCGCGGUUAUUUCUUUCACCUUGCUGCUGCUUGCGCAGUGGUGCUUGCCGCAUCGACAGUAA